AUGCUUCGUCAAGCACUGAUGUGCAAGCCUGACUUGCAGGUCUUCGGGCAGUAUUGGAUCGGAGAUACUGAAACUCCAUUCGUAGACUUCAACACAAACCAUAAAUGCUUAAAUUUCUGGGGUAAGCAAAUCUCAGGAUCACUCCAAGGUUGCGGUGGGAGAAAACAUGGCGAUCUCGUCAAGAGCUUCGUGCCUCUAACGCCUCCGCGAACUGAUCCUAUUCAUGAGGACUGGCUGACUGCUACAGAACUUAAGAAUUGGGUGACGGAACAUCAGAUGACCACCGAGAUACUCGAACGUCUGGAGAAUACUGUUUCCAAUCUAGUUGAGCGACUUGACUCAAGAUUAGAUGUUGGCCGAAGGGAAUCGCCCUCCCUUCCACCACCAGUGGCUUAUACAAGAUCGACUGCCUCAGCUGAACCAAUACAAGCACCAGUUUUUCUGAUUAGAGAUGUCGCAAACGAUGUCGGUAUUCAUUCUCCGGACGAAGCAGGAGUAUAUCAACCUCAGUACUCAGAUGUAAUCUCUGCAGGCUUGGUAUCUUUAAACGAAGCUUAUGACCUUGUCUCAUUGUUCCACGUCCACUAUGGACGAUGGGUGAAGUUCGAAGAGACCAUCUCUACAGAAGUUCUCCUUCCACAGGUCAGGAAGUCGCCUCUCCUUCUAUGCAGCAUCUGCUUGAUAGCUGUGAGGCACACAACUGAGGUGCUCGUAUCAAGACUUGCACCAAAUCUGUUCGACGAAGCCAAGCGUCUGGUCACUUCAUCUCUACUAGUGAUCCCUCAAACGGCCGAGUUCUUCCAAGCAACUCUGAUCCUGAGUUUGUGGUCGACAACAAUCGGUCAAGUCCCCCUGAGCAUUGACAGUUGGCUUCUCACCGGCUAUGCACUGCAACAAGGUCUUGCGAGUCCUCAUUUCUCUGAAGUCCUACGAGUUGGCCAACGGUCACCAAGCAGCAGACAGCACCUAGAUGCAUGGUGUUUAUGGAAUCACAUUUGCGUCGCUCAUUUGCAAUAUUGUGUCGGUACCCGAAGGCAAGCACUUCUGAAUCAGGGACAGGUCGAUCGAUGCAUGCGCUUUACCGAGUCCGACCAGAUCACAAAUUUUGAAGCGAGGAUGGUCGCCGAGGUCAAGCUUUAUUGGAUCAUCUACGAAAACUGCUGUGGACCUCACAUCGAUCUUACGGUAACGAAAACCAAUCUGCAAGCGUGGAAGCAAGAUUGGGCAAACCUGUUCGACGAACCUCGGGCACAAUUCCUCCAAAUGGGAUAUCACUUCGCUUUUCUCUUAGCCUAUUGCCAGUCAUUCAAGUCGGCCACUGUGGCUGCAAGAAUGCGUGGAUCUGUUCUGGCCGAAAUGAUCCAGAAAUGCACUGCAAUCAUCAACCUCGCGAUGGACACAACAGACGAACGUACCCGUCACUUGACUGACCAUAUCUACCACAUCAUCACAUUCUCUGCCAUCACUCUGUGCGGUCUGCUCCACAGCUACGAGCCCAAAAUCCGCGGGGCGAACCACGACGUCACUGCCCUGGACACUCUUGUCCUCCGUCUCGUCAAAUGGCUUCGGUCCAUUGGCCUCCCGUGCCACGCCGCACAUCUUCUCGGUGAUAUCCUCUCGGCACAGCACAAGAAGCUCCGCCCAAACGCCAGGAUAUUGGAGCCCAUUAGUCCCUACACAGGCAUGACAGGCUCACCGAGCACCCCACUGAGACAGAGACAGGAUCCGGGGUACGACCAGUAUAUCCAGCCGCAACAACAGCAAACACUGCCUGACAAUGUAGCAUACUAUUUUCCGGAUUUCAUCGGCUCCGAGCUGUGGGAUGUCGCUACAGAUGCACCCGUCUGGCCGCAAUGGGAACAGAUCAUGUCUGACACGGAUAUGUCAGUAUAG